CGUACAGGAAGUCAACCGUGGUUGUCUCGUUAUGAAAAUAUUUAAAACUAAAGCAUUAGUCUUAGAGCAAAUAAUAUAAUUAAUAUUGCGGCGAUAAUGGAGUUAUUGCCACAAUUCAAUCGGCUGCUAUUUUACAAAUAUUUUUUCUGUAGGCUCGUUUAUGGCUAUAGUAGCUAAGCUAACUUAGCCGCCUCCUAUGUAGCCAUGGGUAGUGCGUAGCCGUUAAAUAAAAAUAAAUUAAUAAUACUUUGCUUAUUUUCUUCCACAAUGGUGGUUGAGGUAGAGAGCUUCUUUGGUGUGUACAUGCUUUACUGCAUCAAUCCUAAAUUCAAAGGCCGCAUCUACAUCGGCUUCACGGUGAACCCGGAGCGGCGGAUCGGACAACACAACGCUGGCCGGCACAGAGGGGGGGCCAAGAGGACCAGUGGAAGAGGACCGUGGGAGAUGGUCCUCAUUAUACACGGCUUUCCCUCUGACAUUGCUGCCCUGAGGUUUGAGUGGGCGUGGCAACACCCUCACUCCUCCAGGCGACUCUCCCACGUCUCUCGGCGCUCCAGGAAAGAGUCGAGCCUGCAGUUCCACUGGCGCGUCCUCUCCAACAUGCUGCGGGUGGCGCCGUGGAACAGACUGCCGCUGACGGCGCGCUGGCUCAAACAGGAGUACAGGAUGGACUUUGAGCCCAGUCUGCAGCCCCCCCUGCACAUCCCCAUCGCGUUUGGCAGUGUGAGAGCCAAGAAGACGCGGCUGCUGCAGACUGCAGGAGAGGAGGAGGAGCAGGAGGAGGAGCAGGAGGAGGCGGAGGCAGAGGCGGCAUCCAGGUGCUUUCUCUGUAGAGGCUCAGUCAAGGUAUCAGAAAAGCUGAGCUGUUUCCAUCCGUCCUGUGGAAUGAGCAGUCAUGUGAUCUGCCUCGCCAAACACUUCCUGAAGUCAGAGCCGUCCCACCUCCUGCCUGUGGAGGGAGAAUGUCCGGCCUGUCAUCGCUCGGUGCUGUGGGGAAGUCUCAUCCGUCAUAAACACGGCUGCUUCGGAGACCUAGAGGAGAUCACACCAUCUGCAUCCCAAAACCACUGGGCAGACGAGCUGCAGCUAUGAAAGAGUGGAGUCUGCAAGAAUCGACUUUAAUGAGCUGUGGUGCUGUCAGAGAAUCAUGUAGAUUAUGUGUAAUGAAAUAUGGUCCAACAUCUCACAGGAUACAACCUCUGACCUCUGGCUGUGUUUGUUUUAUAAAUCUGAUCAUGAAGUAUUUUUUAAACUAUAUCUGUGUAAGUAUGUGUUUAAUGUAUUAAAUAUUUGUGGGGAAAAACACUUUUGAAUGAAUUGAGUGACAAAUAAAACAAGAUUGUUUGG